UUUCUUCUUGAUGUGUUCUACUUUUAAGUCACAAAAUAAAAUAUAAUAUAAUUUAUUAACUACAAAAUGCAUACACGGUUGGUUUAGCCUAUUUUAGACCAAUGGCUUAGGUUGGCAACAUACGUUCCCGCCGGUUCAAGUGGUUCAAGUAUGGUUUAAGUUUGGUUUAAGCGGUCUAAGUUUAAGUUUGUAUCGCGGCUCGCACAAUUGUGGCUCGCACGGUUCUGACCUGACAACCGUGGCUCUGAAACAUCGUGAAGACAAGUUCUAGUAGUUACGGUUCGAAGUGCCUAACGGUCAGGCUGCGUAAUCCCACUGUGGCACCGACGCACCUGCGUACCCUGCGUGAAACAUGUUCUCGGUCGCCCAUUUUAUGAAGACUGAUGACGUGGCCGUGGUUCCAACACGCUGGAUUAAGAACGGGACAGCUCCCUGGCCACCGUUUAAAAAUACUGCAAAAGUGAACAGUGCAGUGAGGGACAGAACGGAGCCAGGCAAAGACUGGCCAAAAUUUGCCUGCAGGGUCAUGUCAUAUACAGACAGUUACGAAGUUGCCCGCAAGAGGUCCAUAAAGGCGGAGGAAGAGUCCGACCUUACAUCGGAAGCAGAGACAUCGCAAAAAAGAAUACGGCGACCUCCGACAUUUUUCGAUGACUACCUCACUGACAGCAGCGAUGAGGAGGGAGUAACUGAAGAACCACCUCCAGAAGGUGACAUUGAAUUUCUCGCUGAGCCCCCACCGCCACCACCUCUUCAAAGAAAAAGUGGAGCACAUUGUGGAGGAGCAGGCCAAACUGAUGGUGAUGACUUGGUGUUGCCCAAAGGAAGACCAAAAAGUGCAUCUUCUUUGAACUGCUCUGCUGAACCUUCAAGCAAAGCUUUGGUCACAGUUCUUAGGGAACUUGAGUGUAUUAAGGCACAGUUGACAAGCAUGGCUACAAUGUUGGCCAGAAUACAGAUGCAUGUGAAUGCUGAUGACCCUACUGCCAUGGCUGGUCCAGUCCAUCCAGAAGACCUUCCAGUCUAUCCAGUGAAGACAAGAGAGGAAUUUGCCUUCCUGGAGGCUAGCUUAAAAAAUGAAGCCAUUUUUGCAAAGCUAGUGAAAGAGCUUGGCCAAAUUGGAGGUAGAGAUGUAGCCUCUACAACAAAAACGGUGUUUAAGAAACUUGUCGGAGAUGAAGUUGCCGUCUUCUACAACAGAACCGGGCGAAACGGAAAGCAAGAAGCCGGGAAACUGAAGAUCUUUAGCCUGAUCUAUGCUGCUGUACGUGUAACCCGCAAAACUGCAACAGACGACGAGAUGGGCCGCGCCAUUGGUGAUUGGCUGCGCUUCGCCAACGUCCGGCUCCGUGCUCAAGGUUCAUUUGGCCCCAUCGACAAGCGCUGCACCAACAAGCUCAGCUCCGGGUCGUCACAAGGUGUAUUUUGUCGCGUGUUUCAAUGUUGGUUUGCUUGAGCAGGAGGACUGACAACUACUAGCCAGAAAAGUCGAAAACAUCCCAUCGACAGAAACUGUGGUUUGACUUGGGAAGAUGAAAAUCAGUUUGUUUCAAUUUUUUUUUUUCUGUCUAGUCCUGUUCUAGACUUUCUUCAGCCUAUUUCAUAUUCUAUUGUCAUAUUUUACUUUUUAAAGUGGCAAUAAGGCUAUUUAAUGUCUCGACUUCUGUUCUAGUCUAGUGACAGGCUUUACUGUGGUUUGACUUGGGAAGAUGAAAGUCUGUUUGUUUUAAUUUUUUUUUUCUGUCUAGUCCUGUUCUAGAGUUUCUUCAGCCUAUUUCAUAUUCUAUUGUCAUAUUUUACUUUUUAAAGCGGCAAUAGGCCUAUUUAAUGUCUCGACUUCUGUUCUAGUCUAGUGACAGGCUUUAGUCAGUCCUUUCCGGCUUUUCUUUAAUACGAUACCGUUUUAGUAAUCAAGUUUUUCUAACUGCUUCUACACAUGGCAAUUGUAUAUAGUGCCAGCUGGACAUAAAAGGAUUAGAGAGAGAUAAGAAAGACACACCGUUGGACUAGCAACUGUUUAAUCAGAUCAUCUUUUUCUUCAUCUACGUUGAGUUUCUCUUCUUUUUUAUCUACACUGCAUUUGAUUUAAUUGAGGAGUUCCUUUUCUUCUAGUCUUAUACUCGAGCGUCUCCUCGUCUUCCAUUUGUCCACCAUGGGUGCGGCCCCUCUAAGAUACUCACCUUCCUUGUGGUGUAGUGCGAUGGAAGGUAUACCCACACACUUGUCCGCUUUUGCGUCAAUAGCAAAGGCCUCCAGGAUUUCUCGAGUGAACUUGU